GUUUCAAAAUUGGUUUGUUUGUGAAUAUGUAAGAUUACAUUUCCACUGGCACUUACUGCAGUAUUUUAAUAUAUACUACGCUGUGGAAUCAUCGUUCAAUCAGUAAGUGCCGUCAACAGCAAGUAGGUAAGAGCAGCGUAGGCGACUGCGGUACACAUUGCAACGUGCCGAUUCAAAUCCAAGGUCUUUCCUUGUGGAAGAGAACGGAGUUUCCUGCGGCCGCCUAUCUCCGCACACACCGACAGUCGCACGUGCACGCACACGCGCCCACGUGUCGCUAUUCUUUGUGCUCAUUCUUUACUAGCUACCGUUGCGAGCCCAUCUUCUUUUGUGCCGUCCGCUGGCGUUUGAAAUCGAACCUCCAAACGUUUCGUUAUAUAGGCGUCGGGCGAUGCGCGCGGCGCGCAGUUACUGUGUCACUGGAGCCGCGCGAGAGGUGGCCUGCAAGGACUGUACCGCGCCGCCAACCUUUUUUUCUGUGCGUGCGAUGUUUUCACUUUCGUCAUUUUGACCGGGCCAGUUUGAAUUGACGUCGCUCGCGCACGGACGUGCCUAGGACCGGACGUUGUGAUUAUCCUGUGAUCGUUGGUGCUUCGAAUCGUUAUUGUUUUUCUUAUGAUAUUUGUGAAAGAAAUGGCUGUGAUGCAGUGCUAAUAUGUUCGAUAGCAACAUACUUUUGAAUUUUUACAAUGAGAUUGCGAAUAGAAGUGCACUACAGUUGGCAAGUGCUGGAAUGAUGGGCGAGGGCCUGCUGACACUCACGUACGGCAAGCACCACGCCUGCAUCCUGAACGAGGUAGGAGCGGCGUGGCGCGGCGCUCGUUACUCCGACCUGGUACUGGUGUGUGACGACGCUGUGCCACUUGCCGCACACCGCAUCGUCAUGGCGGCAGCUAGCCCGUUAAUAAGAAAAAUCCUCGAUGAUACCCCGUCGAUCGAGAACCCAGUCACAAUUCACAUGUCUGGCAUUAGCAGCACCCUCAUGCGACACCUCUUGGUUUUCUUAUACAGUGGCCAAGCAUACAUAGAGUCUGGUGAAAUAGAUGACAUGCAAGAACUGUUUGAGCUGCUAGAAAUAAAGUCUGACGUGUGGAAAUCAACUAAAGAAAGACAACAAGCAGAAGAAAGAAACAGAUCUUGCGAGAGGCUCAAAGGAAAAAACCUUAAAACGGACAUCAACAGCAACGAAAGUAGUAAACACGACGCACCAUCAGGAUCCUCACACUCAGAAAGUGAAAGAGUUACACCAGGGGCAGGUUAUAGUAAAGAUAAAGAUCGAGGAGAUUCUGAGGCCCUUAGUAUAAAGAAGGAAAAUAUGUCAACGAGUAGCAAUGAUGAACGGGAAGACGAUGAUCAUGAUGGCGACAAGGGUGAUAAAGAAUGUGGCAGAGUAUCCUCGCGUCGUAGAAGUUCAUCAAAUCCGGUCAAUUUAUCUUUAGCCAGAAAUUCGGAAAACACAAAUAGUGAACACGACGACUCACAAGACUUGGAUGUGGAAACAGUUGGAAUAAAGAAUAUUGGGCGGAGACGGUCGACAUCUUCAAGUCAAGACGAUCAACCACAAGAAAACGUAUACAGAAGACAGCUGCUGACUGACAGAUUAGGAAGAGGCAUUGAGAGAGCAAAACGAAAAUCACAUUAUUUAGAGCCUUCUGAACUGGACCUGAGAACUGUAAAAUUAGAAGAUUACGCUCACUUGAAAUCAACAGAAAAUGAAUUAAUGGCCCUCGUUCAAACUUCUCCUGAGAACUACGUUGUCACACCACACCGGAAAAGAAGACCUGGAUUUCAUAACUCACCUUCACAGAAUCCUCCUUUUGUCUCAUUUGCACCAAGCUAUCUUGAUGAAAUGGCACAAUUACGUUACGCACAAGGUCAAGGGGUUGCGGCAGGAGUAGCUCGACUUGGAGGCUUACAUUCACUUAGUGUUUCUGCACCUCCAUUUCUACCUGAAAGAAGCGCUACUCCUCCCGCAGUACCACAUGAGGAUGCACUUAAAUAUCGGCCUCCGAGCGCAGGACCUUGGGGACCUUGGCUUUGUCAACCACAAAUAGGCGGAGACGACACACCAUCCACUGAACACGAACAGGGUUCAAGUAAACAAGCUCCUGUUAGGGAAUAUCGCUGUGAAUACUGUGGUAAACAAUUCGGCAUGUCAUGGAAUCUCAAGACUCAUCUAAGAGUUCACACAGGCGAAAAACCAUUUGCAUGUAGACUAUGUGUUGCUAUGUUUAAACAAAAGGCCCAUUUGUUGAAACAUUUGUGUUCAGUACAUCGGAAUGUCAUAUCGUCAAGCGAAAAUGACGGACGAACAAAUACUCCUGGACGAUUUAACUGCUGUUUCUGUCAGUUAACAUUUGAAGCGAUGCCAGAACUAAUAAGGCAUCUCUCUGGACCACACAACAGUUUACUACUCAGUAAAAAUUUACAUGAUUGACACAUGCCUUGAUAACGCGCACGGUCGCGUUUUAUUGGACUCUGAAAAUUAUCUCGCUUUGCGAGCUCAAUUGUGAUAUGUGUUUAAAAUGGAUAUAAUAUUACGUUUAGUGCUAGAUUUAAGACAUGUUAAAUCGCAGAGCGAUUCUAAUUAGACAUUCGCAGAAGGAGGUAACUGCGAGUGUGAUGUAAAUUUAUAAUAUUAAAAUCAUUUUUGCCGUAUGGGUCCAAAUUGUUAUAAUUUGUUUAAAAAUUAUAAUCCGGGACCAAUAACUUCCGAGAUAGUAUUUAUUUGAAAAUGUAUUUUCAUUAGCAUAAAUAUUAUUUAAAAGCCACCGACACAUUAAUUCCUUAAGCAUAGUAACUAGAUGUCAAACUGAAAAGUUGCGAAGUUUGUACAGCCUUAAACAUAGGAACGUCACACGAACUACCUCCUAAUUUAAAUCAGUGUUAUGUGAUCUACCGGUGACGCGGUUUAAUAUCAUUGACUUAAGAGAAUUGUAAAAAAAUGUACAGUCAAUGAAUCUAGUCAGAAUUGGAACUUAGAAUCAAACUGAUAAUUGAAUUGUUCAUUCACUUGCUUCGAGUCGUACAAAAAACCAAAUUAUCUUUCAACACAGAAUGUCAUCGGAGAUGUUAAUGUAUAAUAAACCAUUAUACUAAUAAUAUUAUUAUUUUCUUUAAUACGCAAUAUUUUAAAUACUUUGUUCCAAUAGCAAUCUGACUUGUUAUAUCGCAGCUUUUCAGACAUUUUAAAUCUCAUUUUAGUUUAACGUAACUUUAAAAGUUAGAAAAAUGUGUUCGUAAUAUUAAUUUGCCUUCAAUAUAUGUAUUCGUGCCGAUUUACUUUCAAUGUGGAUGAACACCAAAGAUUUGUAGUGACGUCGUUUUGGUGUAUACAUUUAAGAGAAAUUAUAGGGACCUGAAAUGAUUUCGAUUUAUUAAAUUUAAUGUGUUAAGGUACCAUUUUAAUAAUCUCACUAUUGUAAUUUUUAUUUUCUUUGUUAGUAUAUUUCUUCUUAAAUACUUUCGUAAUUCCACUAAAAUCUUAAACGCGAGCUUGAAUAUUUUUUUUUUUUUUUUACUUUAUUAGUAUUAUCAUAGGCUUCGUUUUAAAAUCUUUAAGCUUUUCUUCAAGCAUGCUAGUAUUGUGGCCAGUUAAUAUUAAUCUGAUAUCUUAGUUACUUUAUGUUUGAUGUUUCAUAAAACUUUUUUAAUUUCGUUUUUCAGUCGUACUUUUUCCAAAUCUAAAUUCACAAAUCCAAGAGAGUGCCCCAAAAUUGUGUGAAAGCAAUAUUAAAAUGUUAUAAUAAAAUUUUAUAUAGCAUUUGUAAUACUCAUUUUUCUAAAAAAAAAUAAUAAUAAAAAAAAUAAGCUGUUUUCAGGCAAUAUUAUAUUUUAAUGUUCGUAAUGAGUUUCAACUCAAGUUAAACUAAAGUUACCAGAAAAUUGUUCAAAACUUAGAUUAAUUGACAGACAAUUUGUCUAAUUGCUUUAAUAAUAUCCUUUUGAUCGUUACCUAUCGUUAUACCUGAUAUAUUUAUUUUACGUGUUUUGUUUUUAUAGACGUGUUUAUAUAAUUGGGGAACAACUUAUUAUUAAGAAUUGUGAUUUCGAUUCAAUAGUUUACGUAUGUGAUAAAUGUCCGUUUUUUUGUAUUAUAUAGGAGCAACGAGAGCGCCGUCUUCCAAUGCGUUUUCCAUAUUUUCGAUUUCUUAUUUGUAAAUAGUUAGAUCUAAGAUAUUCAUGACAAAAUCGUCCAUAGAACCAACUGCCGUUAAUACGUAAAUCGAUUUCUCGAACAAAUUAUUAUCUAUAUUUUUUAAUGUCUUUGUAAUACUUGUAUAGUAUGUAAGAUUGUUGUGAUAUUCCGAAGAAUCGGACAUGCCUUAUGCUGCAAUGCAAUAUUUUACUCAUCAAGUGUUUCUUAAACGCUGAACAACAAACAGCAAACAAUGCAUUAUACAAAUAUAAAAGCUAACUCCCCAUUUCCUUAAUUCAAAGUUUAAAAAUAUUUUCAAAUUGAGAUCGUCUCUAAUAAGAAGCACUUGGUACUUUGACAUUUUCAAUAUUAAUUUUACUGUCUAAACAUGACUUUUUAGAAUAUAAUGUAAAUAAUUAGUUGUAAGCUAACGAGGAAAGUUAACUUAAUUUUGUUGAACAUGAAUAUUGGUUUUCUCUGUUAAUUGUAAAUUUUAAAAAAAGUAUUCCAUAAGCUUUCAGAUGGUGUACAAUUUUUUGUAGAUAAUAUUUAGAAGAUUAACAUUCUGUAAAAAUGUGUUCUUACCCUAGUAAAUUAAAUAACGAGAAUAUUUUAGUUACACAAA